AUGCGGUCUUCUUUGAUAACAGUUGCUGCCCUAAUGGGUAUGACUUUUGCAACUCCAGUCCCCCAAGACAUCGAUUUCGCUAUGGUCGAAGCGGCUCCUGAUCCAGUCACUACUGGCCCUCCUGUUGGCGUAACUGCUCAAUCUAUCGCCUACGAUGCUUCGACCGCUAUCAUCGCUGCCACUCAAGCUGUUGCAUCUCAAUCUGUAGCAAUUAGCGAUGCUUCCAAUGCCCCCAAGGUUAAGAGAACAGCAUGUCAAGCUCAGCCAGCCGGUGCCACUGGAGCUCCUGCAUACGCUUCUGAUUCUCCAUCUGAUUUUUUAGCCAAUCCUGGAUUCUCUGAUGCUGCUUCCGCUGCUUCUACUCCAGCUGGAUACACGCAAUCUUUCCAGAACCUUAAGGCAUCCAACAAUGCCUAUGGAUAUAUGGGGUUUACUACUCUUGAAACUUAUGAUUCAGAAUUGUGUGCAUCGAAGUGUUCCGCCAUCAACGGAUGUAUGGCCUUCAAUCUUUACUUUGAGCGUGAUCCAAGUGUCGAACCUGGAGCAGCAUGCGAGGAUCCUCCAAGUGUUACAAUGAUCAAAUGUGUGUUCUGGGGUGGCCCAGUUUCUACCGAAAAUGCCGUAAACUCUGGACAAUACAGAGAUAACUUUCAAGUCGUGAUUGCUGGAUCCAAUGGUUAUACGAAUAACAGCAUUGCUCCUAUCCCCGGCUAUGGAAAUGCACAAUAUCUAGGGAAUGCUGCUAUUAAUGCGCCAUAUGAUUUAGAAGGAUGCAAUACGUACAUGGGGUCAACAAUCUUCUCUACCGGUCCCUUCGAUGCAUCUCUCUGUGCCGCUUACUGUAGCGCACAAUCGAAAUACAACCUUGAGCACCCUCCAUCUGAUGGAAGUCCAGCUAAGACCUGCCAAUUCUUCAAUACUUAUCUCCUUUAUGUCAACGAUCUUUCUCAUACACAAGGACAAUACUGUGCCAUCUACUCCGAGGCAUGGGAUUCUAGCUACGCAACCAACGUCGGACAAUACCGUGGAUCUGAUCAUUAUCUCAUUGGGCUGUCAUAUACCUACACCAACGCAACCAACCCAGGAUUGACAGCUGGAGAUAAGACAUGCGCUGUUGCUCAAGCAUCGGUCGAGAUCUCCUACUCAUCUCUCCAACCUUAUUGCAGCACCUUGCUCGGUUUUGCAACUAAUACUGUUACAGCAUCAACUACCAUAACCUCGACAUUUACAUCGACUGUGGUCUCCCAAGCUACUGCUACUGUAGCCAAUAAUCCUCUUCCGAAAAGAAGCGACAUCGCAGUGCAUCUAGUGAACGGCACUCCUCUGAUUCCUUCCAUGAUUGCCAAUAGCACCUUCACUCCAGCAAAGCGCUCAGUUGCUGCUACGCCAGCUGGACUUACCAAAUACCCUGGCACUGUUAUCUCAUCAGCAUGCUCUGCACAGGCUACCAAACCAACUAUUGCGGUUACCGUUUACGUAACUGACUACGUCUCGACAACCACUUCAACCACCACCACCUUUACCACCACCACUACGGCUAGUGCUACCCCAUCCUUCGUCAUUGCCUCUGGAUCCGAAAAAAUCCCAAUACUAUCUCCCAUCACCGCAAGCUCCGCAGCCAAAUUCCAUCUCGACAGCCAAUUCCUCUCCUCAUCAGACAAAACCCGGGUCGCCGAUACCGACGGCGCCGGCUCUGGCGCCCCCUCAUACAUUUUCAUGGACACACUUAGCGAUGCCGCAAAAUUCCCACUGAUACAAUGUAUACUGGGCACGUAUGAUGCAUUAGUUGGUGGGUAUCCUCUAUCGUGUAUUGGAGGGACGUCUGCUCCGCGCCCCGUCUUCCAAGUUGGCGAUUCGAGUAGAUUGGUACUUGCUGAUAAGUUGCAAACGAAUAAUUAUCUUCCCACUUUAUAUGCCAUUCCAGCUUGA